AUGCAUUAAGAGUAAUAGGAUCAAUAAGCUUUUGAUAAAAUUUCUUUAUUUACAAUUGUUUCCCUUUCAUUAGUUAGCUUUUUAUUCUACUAAUUCACAUCUAAACCAGAACUCUAUGGAGGAGAUGAUUGCAUUGCAUUAAGACAAUGUGCAUAUUUUAUGUUUUGUCUAUACACAGUUUAUGUCAUUAUAUUAGGGUGUAUUUGAAAUAGUAUUUAUAAUUAGUAUAAUGAUUUAAUGGAGAUCCUCUACAAAUUCAAAAUUAAAACUUUAUAUAUNAUUUGCCUUUUCAUGGAGAUACCAAAGAGGAAUUAUAUGAUAAUAUAUAGAAAGCAAAUGUAUCAAUUCAUUUACAAAACAGAUUUCAUUUGAUUCAGCAAUAUGGUCUCAUAUAAGUAGUGAAGCAAAGGACAUUAUUAAAAGAAUGCUUUCCAAACAACCAGGAUAAAGACCUACAUCAAAAGAAUUAGUCAAACAUAAUUGGUUCAAAAAACAGUUUAAAAAUGAUGAAAAAAAUUCUUCAGUGUUAAACAAUUCUCUCACUUCAAGUAUAGUUGAAAAUAGAUCUAUUUAUUCAUUAUUAAAGUAAAAUUAAGGAGGGGCUAAAUUUAAAAAAGAAGUUAAAACUCUUUUAAUCAAUUAAUUAAAUGAGACAGAAUUAAAUUCAUUAAAAGAAAUAUUUAAGAAGAUAGAUGUUGAUAAUUCUGGAACUAUUACAUUUUAAGAAUUAAAAGAAGCUUUGAAGGCUGAAGUAUCAAUUCAUUAUAACUUUAGGGUUCUCCAGCUACUUUUGAAGACAUAGAGAAAUUGAUAAAUAAUGUUUCACCUCCUCAAACAAGUGAGGAAGUUGGAAAAAGAAAAAAAGAUUUUGUCAUUAAAUAUAGUGAAUUCUUGGCUUCUUGUAUUGAUGAAAGAAAAUUUAUAACAAAAGAAAAAGUAUAUGUUAAUCAUUAUUAAUAGUUAUCUUAUUUAUUUAAAAUAUUUGAUACAGACAAUUCAAAUUUUAUUACUAAAUAAAAUAUUAAAGAAGCAUUUGCAAGAAAUGGAAAAUAAAUAUCAGAUAAAUAAAUUGAUGAAAUGAUAGAUGAAAUUGAUCCAAAUCAUGAUAAUAAAAUAAGUUUUGAAGAAUUUUGUUAAAUGUUUGAUAAUGCAGGUGUUAAUAAAAACUUUACUGAAGAUGGAAGUAUGUAUACAUGA